ACUCUGCGGAGAAAGGGGUGCGGGAAGGGGGCAUGUGGGUUUCCCUCUGACAGUGGCCAGGUCUGGCGCGACACACGCACAGAUGGCCAGGUGGCUGCGGGACUACCUGGGCUUCGGCGGUCGGAGACCCCCUCCGCAGCCGCCGGCCCCGGACUACACGGAGAGCGACAUCCUGAGGGCCUACCGCGAGCAGAAGAAUCUGGACUUCGAGGACCCCUAUGAGGACUCAGACAGCCGCCUGGAGCCCGACCCCGCCGGCCCCGGGGACUCCAAGGGCCUCGGAGACGCCAAGUACGACUCUCCCAAGCACCGGCUCAUCAAAGUGGAGGCCGCCGACAUGGCCAGAGCCAAGGUCUUGCUGGGCAGCCCUGGGGAAGAGCUGGAGCUCGACACGGAGUACUCAGACCCCUUUGAUGCCCAGCCUCCCCUGCCACCUUCAGAGGAUGGCUACAUGGAGCCCUACGACGCCCAGCGGGCCGUGAGCGAACUACCGUGCAAGGGGGUGCAGCUGUACGACACUCCCUAUGAGGAGCAAGACCAAGAGCCAGGAGAUGGAGCCCUUUCUGGAAGGAGACCUCGCCAGAGCAGGCUGCCUCAGGAAGACGAGCGGCCAGCGGAUGAGUAUGACCAGCCCUGGGAGUGGAAGAAAGAUCACAUCUCCAAGGCGUUUGCAGUGCAGUUUGACAGUCCCGAGUGGGAAAGGACCGCAGGUUCAGCCAAAGACCUCCGGAGACCCCCAUCCAGGAGCCCCCAGCCCGCAGAGCGCGUGGACCCGGCCCUACCCCUGGAGAAACAGCCGUGGUUUCACGGCCCACUGAGCCGGGCAGACGCCGAGAACCUCCUGUCUCUCUGCAAGGCAGGCAGCUACCUCGUGCGGCUCAGCGAGACCAGUCCCCAAGACUGCUCCCUGUCCCUCAGGAGCAGCCAGAGCUUCCUGCACCUGAAGUUCGCGCGGACCCGAGAGAACCAGUUCGUGCUGGGUCAGCACAGUGGCCCCUUCGCCAGCGUGCCAGAGCUGGUCCUGCAUUACAGCUCCCGGCCACUGCCUGUGCAGGGCGCCGAGCACCUUGCCCUGCUGUACCCAGUGUUCACGCAGAACCCCUGACCCCAGCACCUUCAGCCCCUGCCCGCACCCGGCGGGCCCAGAAUCACUGGCUGCGAGCACUAGAGGUUUUUCCAGAGACUCGCCAUCCCUCCAGGCCCUGGGUCUUCCUCAGUGCUGCCUUCUUGGCCCUCCUGUCUUAGGUGCUAAGGUCCAGAAUUGUGUCGCCAAGCACUUCUCUGGCCUGGAAAAUAAAUAAGUUAUUGUGUGUUUCAAGUGUCCUUUCUGGGAGGCGGGGAUCCCAUCCCCAGGGAGAGGAGAGGGUGAGUGACCCUUAGACCCUUAGAAGGGAAGGUCAUCCCCAGCUCCACUUGGGAGAUGACUUGGGAGUGAAGCCUGAAUUACUCAUGGGGGCCGGGGUGG